CCCAGGAGGUGAAAGCUAUGCACUGCACAGAAGCCGGGAAGCCUUUGAUUAAAUUCACCCACUGUAAGAAAUCCAUCUACAGCUUCAGCGUGCCCCGACGCUGCCCUCUCUGCCAGCAGGAAGUGGGCUCUGCGAAACUGGAGGAAGCACCUGUUAGCAUCUCUAAUCCAUUCACUGAUGGGCAUCAAGAAAAAUGCUCCUUCCUGCUGCGACCAACUCAGGGGACAUUUCUCAGGGAGUAUGAUGGCAAGUCUGAUCUCCAUGUUGGAAUCACUAACACAAAUGGCGUCGUGUAUAAUUACAACCAACUCGGUGUCCAGCGAGACCAGGCCGGGUGGGAGCAGAGUCUAAGUGUCCCGUUAGUGCAGCCCAACAUGUUCGGACUGAGAGACCAGUGGGACAGGUACCUGGAAGACUUCUCAGCCACCGGGGCCUGGCUGCCACACAGGUAUGAUGAAGACCACCACAACUGCUACAGCUACACCCUCUCAUUCAUUAACUGCAUCCUGACCACAGAAGGCAAGGAGCAACUGGACAAGAAUGAAUUCACGGAGAAAUAUGUGAUCCCAAGGACAAGGUUGGCCUCCAAGUACAUCAUCCUCUACCGGGCAAUAGAAAAGCAUGGCUUCUAUGCAGUUGACCAUCCUGACCAAGGAGCAAGCCCUCCUUCUGAGGUGCUUUGUGCUGAGGGCUGUGUGUGAGGGUGGAGGGGACAGGACUUCAGGGGUCACUGUCUUUAAUUGGU